AGUUUUCUGGUGGCCCGCGAUGAAGUUGCACACACUUCAGCCGAGUUGCGUACCGUUGCCGUCGUCGCCGUCUUUACCGCCGUCGUCGUCGUCGUUACCGUUGCCGUGCGAUCGAUUUCGGGUCCGUUGUGCCGUUCGCGAUUUACUACCGUGCGCCUUGCACCGUAUGCAAUCCGCACCGUGCGUCGACAAAAAAGCGGUCCGUUGCGUCGAGUGCCCGGUGGGCUAGAGCUGGCGGCGAAACACACACACACAAUUAGUGUCUGGGAGUAUGUACACCCAAAAACCGUGCUCGACAAAUAGAGGAAAAGAAUCAGAAACAUAUCCAGCACCCUCGGAUCGUUAUUUUUGGUCUGAAAACGUAUCGACAUAUCUUACAAAAUAUCCAACCCGUUCCGCGUGUGUGUGAGGGAGAGAGAGUCUCGGUGUGUAGUUAAAGUGGCCAUAUCGCAUCGACCGAAACAUAUCUCUCGAUUCCACUUGACAUCACAUAUCUCGCUGCUUCACUCGACCUGCCCGGUAUUGAUGUGCUUUCGGGUUGGCAGCGCGUGUGUUAUGUUAUGCCAGACGGGAUAACUCCUGCACCGGGCACUGCUCUACCCCGGUUCCUUCGGCAACAGACGCGUAUUGUUGCUGGAAGCGUGCAGAUGAAUCCGGUGAACGUGCGUUAACGUGCGUGUGUUGCGUUUAAUCCUUCCGCAGAGCCAGUUCCGGGCGGCGAAAGAAGGCUCAUCAAAAACAACCGAAUUAUAGCGAGCGCGCGCGCGGUGUGUGUUUGUGUAUAUACAUGGUGAAUCACCCACAAAUACUGCUGCUGAAGCACGGGAAAAACAAGCCCCCGUUAAAGCAGAGCCUUUUGCACCUUCGCACGGAGUUCGUGAGUGGAUUAUAUAAUUACCAUAAUUGAAUAUAACACUUCGGCCGGGUGCUGUACCGCCAUGGCGAACCAAGCCAGGAGGAAGUUGUGAGUGUGUGUACCCGAUCUUUGCGAGUUUUCCCACGUGUUUGGUCCAACCAGGUGGGACACCAAUUGUCAUACGCCUGUGAAGCACGUGAACGGUUCCAAAGGCGAGUCGAAAAAACUCCCCCCGGCAAAAGGAGGCCAAAAGUACCUUGAGUACCUGUCCACCAAAUUGGGUGGUCCAAGUAUGAAGGAAGCGUGGAAUGCGAGACGAACGCGAGUCCUUCGCACGCCGUCAGCAAAUCAUACACCACCGAUCCAGUAAACGAUCCAGGACCUGCAAACCCAACUCCGGUGUUCCUGGCCGCAGGGUAAAAGUGCGAAACGAUGCUUCAGUGAUUUAUGAUGCUCGGUCGGUAGGGGGUUUCCUCUGGAGCAAAAACGAAGCAAACCCAGGCCGUAGUGCGUCACGGUACGGCUGGUGGUUUAAAGGUCGAUUGUUGAUUUUUAUUAAGCUUUCGUGACAUUCGGUGCUGCGAUUGUGAUAACGGGGCGUGUAUUUGUCUGCGCGAGAAGAAGUUACGGUGUUAUGGGGGUUUAAUGUUGGCGCCCCAAACCACCCCAAACUACAACUAACCGCUCGUUCGUGAUUUUUCCGGUUCCGGUUCGAAUAGUGUCGCGCGCGCGUUUCGUUGUUUUCUUUUAUCGAAUUUUGUUAUUCUUUCACGGGGUUUCCGCGCGCUUUUCCCGGUACGACUGCGCGCUCAAAAUCAAUACGUUCUGUGAUAAGGAAACAGAGGAAGGAAGCUUCUAGUUUCGGUGCUGGAGAAUAGCCAAGGAGGGCUCCCUCUUACACCAGCAAGGAUAUCUCGUUCUCGUUACGGAACUGUUGCUUUGAUUGUUCCAGUACUCCACUUUUUCCCAGCUCUCUUCGUGGAAAAAAGAGUGUUUAUUUAACGUUUCGCUGUUGACGAAGAAGCUGUUACCGUUGUUUGUGCGUGUCACAAAAAGAAAAGUGAAUAUUAUCUUAAAAAGAAUCCACUUUGCCUGUUUGGAGAAGAAGAAAAAACAACACGCGUGCCCGGGAAAUUCCAACCGCAAAAGAUAGCCAGAAAUAAUUAAGUUGUCAAGAAACAAGCUAUGACCAAGGCUUAUCUUUCACGGCCACACUUGACCUAGACAAGCUAGGAGGCAGACCAGGUCAAAAAACAUCCUUCGCUGCCUUCGGUUUUUGUACGCAACUGCUUUGCGUGCCAGGGAAAUAAUUUAUACCACCCGCUUUUCCUGUCCAACGAAAAGAGACCGACAGCCGGCAAUACAAACCGCCUGACUAAGCGCGAGGAAGCGGCUUAAACUUUAUUGCCACCCAGCAUGAAAGCUCAUCAGCGGCAGAGCGAUUGUUAGUAGCGCGCGUGUGAAAAAUCCUGGUCCGAAAUUUUGCCCACGUGUCGUAGUUUAUGUGGCGAAGGUGUGAACAAACAAACAAAUAAACAAACAAACAAACAAACCCUGUCGGGCGGAAUGGCGUGUUGUUAUUGCGACUGGAUUUAGAGUACAAAGCAAAAAACCCCGGGGUGGGAAAAGCAAUAGUCACAGGAAAAUUAUUACUACCGGAUUACACCGGGAUCGGAGCAGAAUAUUGGGGCAGAGAGUACAAAGUGCAGCAAGUUGGUGCGUCCUUACCAACGGAAGUGAAUUCAAGGUGUGCUCGUGUGUGUGUUUGUUGAGUGGAUUGGCGAUAGUUUAAAUCGGUUCAAUUAUCAAAUUGCUUCUCAAGCAAAUCUCAAGUGUUCCAAGUGUUGUUCGACCGUCAUAUCAAGGCAUAAAGGGGCUUUACCCUGCUAGAGAAGUAAAUUAAAAAUAUCACAACGAAAAAAGCAUCAUAUCGUGUUGUUGGUUCGGUGUGUUUUGAGUGCGUCUGCCUGCCUGUGCAAUUUUCCCGCCCUUCGAUGGGAAGCUUAAUUAGUAAGCCUGACCUGACCUUGGCCGUUUAUCGAAGUGUGACGGCCAUCGGAGCUUCCACCAGCAGCAGCAGCAGCAGUAGCGACAGCACCGUCCAAAAGGCACAGAUUUAAAUCAUCCGUUACGCGCCGCAAUCAGAAACCAUUGUGUGUUCUCUGGACCAGUAUUAACCGUACCGAAACACACACACACACCACAACCUAGCGCAAGAUGGCGAUGGUAGUGUCUGGCCGGGCAAAGGCCGUCAUUGCCGCCUUUGUGUGUUUCUUCCUGCUCGGCAUCGUGCUCGUAACCGGCUCGACCAAGGGCUGGUUUGUGCCGAUGCGUUACAACGAACGGGUCGCCGCACGAGUCCAGCAAAGUGGUGACGACGAUGGAUUCAACGAGCCACCGAUGAUUUCACCACCACCGCCCGAGUAUGGCUACCGGAUGAAGGGCGACAAGGGUGAGCGGGGAGCGAAGGGGGAGAGCAUACGGGGGCCACCGGGACCGCCGGGACCCCAGGGACCACCGGGUCCACCGGGACCACCGGGUGCGGCAGGACCGAAGGGUGGCGGCUACUUCGACGGCGAUGGGUCUGGUGAUGAGUUGAAACGGUUCUCACAGCUCUACGACACACUGCCAAACAGAAAGCACGGGGGACAAUGCUUUUGCAAUGCGUCCCUCAUCAUCGAGGAGCUCAAAAUGGACAGUAAACUGCGCGAGUAUCUACGCGGCCCUCAGGGCAUGCCCGGCAAAGAGGGAAAGACUGGUUCUCCGGGUCUAACGGGCGUCACUGGUCCGCAGGGUGAACGUGGUACUUCCGGCCCGAAGGGCGACAAGGGAGACCGCGGUGACCAGGGCGCCGCCGGCCCGGAGGGCCUCCAGGGAAGCAAGGGGGAACCGGGGCUGGAUGGGGCACCCGGUGUACCGGGCCCAGCCGGACCUCCCGGUCCUCCGGGGCUUCCAGAGAACUACGAUACCAAUUGGAAUCCAAGCCGGAUGUUCAAGGAAUCUAUGCUCGGUGCACCGAUCCAAGGAAUGCGUGGCGGGUCACCGGGGCUAAAGGGUGAACCGGGCGAAAAGGGCGAAAUCGGCUUCCCGGGCGAAAAGGGCGAACACGGUACCAAAGGUGACCGCGGUGAUCCGGGUCUGACAGGUGCCAAAGGCGAAAGGGGCCACCAAGGAGCGCACGGACAACCGGGACCGAAAGGACCGGCCGGCACGCCGGGCAUUCCCGGUCUGCCCGGCCAAACCGGUGCAUCCGGACCGAAGGGUGACAAGGGCAACACGGGCGAAUCGGGCCCACCCGGUCCACCCGGUCCGCCCGGUAUCGUAAUCCAUUCCGAGGGCGCCCGAAACGGAACGCAAGACCAGUGCCAGUGUCAGGCGGGACCACCCGGACCGCCGGGAUUGCGCGGUCCACCCGGAUACGAUGGUGCGCCCGGACUUACGGGCGAAACCGGACUUCCGGGACAUCCGGGCCUGCCAGGUGACAAAGGCGAACGGGGACUUCCCGGACCGAAAGGCGAGAAAGGGCCGGAGUUCAUCAUCAACGAAAACGCAGCAUUUAACUCCUCGAGGGCUAACAAAGGUGAGAAAGGUGAACGUGGCCAGCGAGGACGCCGGGGGAAGACGGGCGCACCGGGACCGAUAGGACCGCCCGGGAAGCCCGGCGGUAUGGGCGAAACGUGGCCAGGCCGACCAGGACCGAAAGGAGACCAAGGACCGAAGGGAGAAAAGGGUGACAGCAUGGCGUUGCGUGGACCUAAAGGCGAUAAAGGUGAACGUGGCAUGAAUGGGCGCGAUGGACUGCCCGGACCACCGGGACUUCCAGCCGCAUCCGGUGACGGAGGCGUACAGUACAUCCCGAUGCCAGGACCGCCGGGACCUCCGGGACAACCGGGUCCACCCGGUCCACCCGGCCUGUCCAUCGUCGGCGAAAAGGGUGAACCGGGCAUGGAUUCGCGCAGUCCCUUCUACAGUGACUCGCAGCACGGAUUCUACGGACGGACGGGAGGCCGGUCCAGUUUGGACGAGCUGAAGGCGCUACGGGAGCUCAAACACCACAAGGACUACGAAGACAGCACGCUCGGACCGCCCGGACCGCCAGGACCACCGGGACCGGCCGGACGGCCGCUACACGACAGUGACGAGAUUUCGAACAGCUACGGGGCCAACGUUCGCAUCGUGCCCGGAGCCGUUACCUUCCAGAAUGCAGAAACGAUGUCAAAGAUGUCUUCCACGACUCCCGUCGGUACGCUCGCUUACAUAAUUGACGAGGAAGCACUUCUGGUGCGAGUGAACAAGGGCUGGCAGUACAUUGCACUUGGAACGCUCGUGCCAAUUGCAACGGUACCGCCACCGACCACCACCAUCGUACCACCGCAGCGUGCCGACCUGCAGGCAUCGAAUCUCAUCCACAAUCUCCCGCAGCCGGGCGAUGGCUCAGUGUUCACCGCCACGCCGGAGUAUGAGUCGUUGCGGAUGGCAGCACUUAACGAACCGUACCCGGGCGACAUGCAGGGCAUCCGUGGUGCCGACUUCGCGUGCUAUCGACAAGCUCGCCGUGCCGGUCUCCUGGGAACGUUUAGAGCUUUCCUUUCGUCGAGAAUACAAAAUCUAGACUCGAUCGUGAGGAUAGCGGAUCGCGAGCUGCCGGUCGUGAAUACGCGCGGUGACGUCCUGUUCAACACGUGGAACGGCAUAUUUAACGGGCAGGGUGGUUUCUUCUCCCAAGCGCCCCGGAUAUACAGCUUCAGCGGGAAGAAUGUGCUCACCGAUAUGGGAUGGCCCCAGAAGCUGGUGUGGCACGGUUCCAGUGCGCACGGUGAGCGUGCGAUAGACACGUACUGCGAUGCCUGGCACUCGCCGUCCCCGGACAAGGUCGGGCUGGCCAGCAGCUUACUCGGCAACAAGCUGCUCGACCAGGAACGGUACUCCUGUGAUAAUCGGUUCGUGGUACUCUGCGUCGAGGCGGUCCCGCAGGACCGAAGACGGAAGCGAAGAGACACCAGCAGCCAACACGAGUUUGCCAACGAGAAGGAGUACAGCCAAUAUUUGCAAGGAAUCAGUGCACUGUAAAGUAACUCGCAACUAGACGUCACAUCGCAGCAGAGAACGUACCGCCACAAUACUCAGCGCAUCGCAUAAAUAGCACCUCUUCAUCCGUCGUCCAAUUCAUCGGUGAAAACCAACCGGAACCAUCUCACCACAACAUCCACAAAUGCAAACGAUAAAUAAUAAGCUAGGAAGUAACGGCUAGGAGACUAGAUAAGAAACAACUAAACAAAGUUUGGCGAAUGGUUUAAAAGUCGGAGGAAAAACUCGAAUUCGAAUACAAAACAAAAAGGAAACAUGGUACGGGAAAACAGACCCCCGCGAGCCGCAACACUGCAAACUGAAUAUAAUGAACUAAUGAUAAUAAGUACUAUUAAGGUAACAGGCCGAGUCCAGCAGACUGGAGUAGUUACUGGUGUUUGAAGUCGUUUCAUUACGUUUUACCUUCAUUGUUUUAGCAGUUGUAACAUAAGCAAAAAGGGUAGGAUUGUAAAGAGGGCGGUGAGACGAAUUCCCGUCGCUGCUCGCAGGAGAAGGAAGCAAACACUUGUAAAACAAAACCACGCGUAUUUAGCCCGUAAGCUACAGUACAACCGAAAAGGAGAGUAAGAGUGUUGCUAGCGUUUAGGGGGAAACAAACACAAGAUUCAAUUAACGCAUACUAACAUGCAGACAAACUGAAAAACGGAAGCCAUCAGCAAGCCGAGGGAAGAACUCGGCUCCACCAAACUCUCGUCAUGUUGAUAGUCAAAUUAAUAAAUGCCUCAUGCACUGUACUGAUUGUCUUAGCGAGCUGCGCUUAGUUUAAUCGCCGGUCAAGGUCCUAAUGUGCAAAGCUGAUGUACUCUUGUCUUAGGGGUAGAGCUGAAUGGGGUGAAGUAAUUUCGCGUUCGCCCUUUGCCCGAUUUUCUUCCGAGCUUUAUUUUCCGUUUGUCUUCUACCUGCCACCAUCUGCUACUACUAAUACUAUCUAUCCAAUAGCUAUCAGCACUAACUUACUGCCCAUCUUAGUGUACUGCAGUCUCGAGCGUCCCAAGCGCAAGCAAAACGGUGAACCAAAUACCAAAAAAAAAUCGAAGGUCGACAUUGACGAUAAAACAAAAACCCGUGUUGUGAAUAGUAUGCGUAAUGUUUACAGUAAAUGCGACUCUCUGUGUGUGUGUUGUGUGGGAGUUUUUUUUUUAAGGAAAGUAGCAGCCACACAUACACUACCAUUCUGGGGAAAGAAAUACGUCUUACCGUACUUUUAAACAACUGACACAAACUCUCGCUCUCUCUCUCUCUCUUUAUCUAUCUUUUUCACUUUAUCACCCAACCAGAUCCAACCCAUAUGAUCCUUUUCACCAUUUUUCCUCCCGCGUAGUAGUUUAAACGCUCGAUCUGAUUUUUCCCGAGCGUGAAGCCAUUUGCAUAUAGAAUACGGAAAGAGUGAAUGAGUUUCAAUGCCAUUGAUGAACGGUGGCCAUCAACGCCACGGACGGGCGACACAUUUUACAAAUCAGUGCGAGAACAGAAUAAUGUUUUAGGUGAUAAGCGAUUACCUAUAUAGGCAGUAAGCAAAACACCCGGAAGCCGUGACAGUAGUAGAAAACGUUCAAAAAAAAAGGAAGCAAAAGUCGAUAGAUAAUAAGCUAUUUAACUAAUAAAACCCGGUAACGAUUAACACACGGCCAAGAAGAAGGGACGAAAACCGGUGGAAAGUAAACAAAAACUAACGACACAGAAAAGUGAUCCACUUUUCUGAGCAAACUUUUUCGUAGGUAAUGAGUUUAAGUAUUGUUUUUCUUUGUGCAGAACAGGUUGCAGAACGUUUUUCCUGUCCCUUUACUGGUCCCCGUGGCUGCAAGUGAGGUGAGGAAGUAGUGGAUAAGAGAUGAACAUUUCCCCACACAUCUGGUGUGGAACGGCGGGAAACCAAUAUAGGAACAACACGCAUUCAGUGUGGAUGUAAAAGAGCAGCAGCAGUAGUUCCGUUACCUUCGGGAAGUAGGGAGCUACAAUUGGGGAAAGCCCUGGGAAAACAAAUCUGAAAAUUUGACUUGCUGUAAUAAAAAUGAAAUUCAAUGAGAAGAAAA